AAACCCAGAAAAAAAGCUUCUCACUUUCUUCAUCUAACCAUGAAUUCCCCAAGACCCAUCUCCGUCGUCUCCACCUUCGCUUCACCAUCCUCCCCUUGUGACUCAACCAAGAAGCCUCUGAGUUUAUGGCCUGGUAUGUACCACUCACCUGUCACCACAGCUUUAUGGGAAGCCAGAUCCAAAAUCUUCGAAUCACUUCUUGAUCCUCCUAAAGACGCUCCACCACAGAGCCAGCUUCUCACCAGAACCCCUUCUCAUAGCCGUACCACCAUUUUCUACCCUUUCUCUUCUGAUUUCAUUCUCCGGGAACAAUACAGAGAUCCUUGGAACGAGGUCCGUAUUGGGAUCUUGCUCGAAGAUCUCGAUGCUUUAGCCGGCACUAUCUCUGUUAAGCAUUGUUCUGAUGAUGAUAGUACAACGAGGCCACUCUUGCUUGUUACAGCUUCUGUUCAUAAGAUUGUAUUGAAGAAGCCGAUUUGUGUCGACAUUGAUCUCAAGAUUGUUGCUUCUGUCAUUUGGGUUGGUCGUUCUUCUAUUGAGAUUCAACUCGAAGUUAUGCAAUCCGAAUUGAAAGAUGUCAAGGCUUCUUCGGAUUCGGUUGCUUUAACUGCUAAUUUCAUUUUUGUGGCGCGUGACUCGAAGACUGGUAAAGCUGCUCCUAUUAACCGUCUUUCUCCUGAAACCGAGGUUGAAAAGCUUUUAUUUGAGGAAGCUGAAGCUAGGAAUAACUUGAGGAAGAAGAAGAGAGGAGGUGACAGAAGGGAAUUUGAUCACGGGGAGUGUAAGAAGCUCAAGGCUUGGUUGGCCGAAGGAAGGAUCUUCUCUGAUAUGCCAGCUCUUGCUGACAGAAACAGCAUUCUUCUUAAAAAUACCCGUCUUGAAAAUUCGCUAAUAUGUCAACCGCAGCAGAGGAACAUCCAUGGGAGGAUCUUUGGAGGGUUUUUGAUGCAUAGAGCAUUUGAGUUGGCCUUCUCCACAGCUUAUACGUUUGCGGGUCUAGUGCCUUACUUCUUAGAAGUUGAUCACGUCGAUUUCCUAAGACCGGUGGAUGUUGGUGAUUUCUUACGUUUCAAAUCCUGUGUUCUUUACACUCAACUGGAUAAACUAGAUUGUCCGCUCAUCAAUAUCGAAGUUGUUGCCCAUGUUACAAGCCCAGAGAUUCGUUCCAGUGAGGUUUCAAAUACAUUCUACUUCAAGUUCACUGUACGACCCGAGGCAAAGGCCAGAAACAAUGGGUUUAAGCUUCGAAAUGUAGUUCCUGCUACAGAGGAAGAAGCUCGUCAUAUCCUCGAGCGCAUGGAUGCAGAAGCUUUACACUUAAGCAAAUAAUAAGCGAAGACAUAAUUAUGCGGUAAUAACUAUAGUGUUUCUGUGUUAUAAAACACUUGGCUGAUCUGGUCCUAUCCUCUGACCGCAAAUUAACUAGAAAUGUAGAUGCAUCUAAAGUAAAGCCAAAUCCUUGGU